AUGGAAGGCAGAAACCAGGCUACCAACCCAAGGAAUGGCUGAUUUAUGUUGGGACUUGAGGAUGGCAGCCUUGAGAUUCAGUUGUACAACCACCGGGCCCAACUUUUGGUGGAAAGUGGACCCUGGCUGAGUGAUGGGAAAUGGCACAAGCUGGUGCCUGCACUGGAAGUAUCUAACUGGAUAAGAGCCCUUUUCUGCCUCCUUUGUUUGCAUAGCCUUUGGGCUCAAGGCCAGAUGGACAUGGAUUUGGCUCUGUGAAGAAGCCAGGACAUUUGGACUCAUAGAUGCCCCCAGAGCUAG